AUGGAGUCCCAGUCUGCUACAAUCAAGCGUCUCGAGACAACCGUUGGGCAGCUCUCUGGGACCUUAAACCAGAUGCAACAGCAGCAACAGCCAGGAAAGCUCCAUGGCCAAGGAUUGCAGCCCCACCAAGCUCAAGCAGUCACUGUGUUACGCAGUGGAAAAAUGGUGGACAACAAAGUGGAAGCUCCUAUGGAAGAACCCCCCAAGGAAGCCCGCAUGGAGGAGCAAGAAAAGGAGCCACUGCAGCCAAGAGAGGAAGAGAAGGAGAAGGAGUCCGAAGUGAAGCUCCACAAGGCUGCCAAGCCAUAUAAGCCACCGGUCCCUUACCCAAGCCGGUUGAAGAAUGAAAAGCUGGACCAACAAUUCACCGAUUUCUACAACAUGUUGGCAAAGGUGAAUGUGAACUUACCUUUGCUGGAUGUGAUCAGGAAUGUCCCAGCUUAUUUGAAGUUCUUUAAGGAGUUGGCCUCCAAGAAGAGGAGGUUCGAGGACAACGAGAAGAUUUUGGUGUCCGAGGUUGCAAACUCCAUAAUGCAACAGCCCUUACCGACCAAGCAACGAGACCCAGGUAGUUUUGUGAUUAAUAUCUCCUUGGGAAAUGGUAAGGAGGCCUCGGGGAUGUUAGAUUUGGGGGCUGGAAUCAAUUUAAUGCCUUACUCUAUUUUCAAGCAAGUAGAGUUAGGAAACUUGAAACCCACUCGUAUGUGUUUGCAAUUAGCCGAUAGGUCGGUGAGGUAUCCUCAUGGGGUAGUUGAGGAUAUCCUUGUUAGAGUGGGUGGUUUGAUUGUGCCCGUUGAUUUUGUUGUUUUGAAAAUUGGAGAGGUACAUGAAAAUGGUAAAGAACAUACUCUACUGCUAGGAAGACCAUUCAUGGAAACUACUAACACGUUGAUAGAUGUUAAAAAUGGCACCAUUAAAAUGACCGUGUUAGGAGAGUCAGUGUCUUUUUCCGUGCAUCAUAAUCGAGCCAUGCCAUCAUCUUCACUCACUAAUGAAUGUUCUUAUAUUGAUGCUAUUGAUGGCUUGGCCGAGAUGUUCUUUGUGCAGGAGCAGGAAGUUGUUGAGGUUUUUGCAGGGUCCGCGGACAUGGAGGAGUUUGCCCGAGAAGCCGAAAAAAGAGAGCGGGCCCGUAAGGCUAAAAGCUCCCCAUCGAUGAGGCAGUGGUGA